AACUUAUUAAAGUUUCAUGUUUUUGCAAAAACGAUAAGAAAAUGUGACGGUAUUUUAAAACCGUAUGAUAUAAGUAUCACAGACAUUUUGACAAAAACGGAAAAAUCAAUUUGCGAAAAUACUUUAAAUGCUUUUCUUGGAAUCGUCGCUAUUCAGAUUGGAUUAGUAGAUCUCCUAACAUCCUUAGGAAUUACUCCCGAUUACAUGAUUAGUCAUUAUGCCGGUGAACUUGGUUGCGCAUACGCAGAUGAAUGUCUCACCAUAGAACAAACUAUUUUAUCAGCAUAUUUUAUUGGUAUGGCAUGUACCGAAAAAAAAAAAAUUCAUAGCUCAAUGGUGAUUGUCAAUUUCGAUUACGAGUAUAUUAAAAAUAUAUGUCCAGCGGAUAUUGAAAUAGUAUGUCAUAACGACAAGAACAGCAACGUCAUGUGUGGACCAUCAGAAUCCGUACAAAAAUUUAUGAAAAAAUUACAGGUCAGUAAUAUUUACGUGAAGGAGAUCUACUGCAAUGUACCAUAUCACAGUUCUUACCUCGCACCGGCGGAAACUCAGCUUCUGCUUAAUUUGAAUAAAAUAAUACCACAGCCAAAAAAACGGAGUUCAAAAUGGAUCAGCACUUCUAUACCUCGUACCGAAUGGUUCACUUCAGCAUCAAAAUUAUCAUCGGCAGAGUAUCACACUCGAAGUUUAUUACACACUGUUCUAUUUCAACAAACUGCGGAUUUAAUUCCAAGCAACGCUGUGGUCAUUGAAAUCGCACCAGACAAUGCUUUGCAGCACAAUUUGAUAGGCUCCUUACAUCCAAACGUAACGAAUAUUGUAUUGACUCAACGGACUAAACAAAAUAUUGAUAUACUUUUACAAGGAAUUGGGAAGCUCUACAAUUGCGGUUUACAGCCACAAGUUGCUAAUUUAUAUCCACCAGUCAAAUUUCCAGUUAGCCGAGGAACUCCUAUGAUUUCUCCAUCGAUUAGGUGGGAUCAUUCUGAAAAUUGGUUUACAUCGAGCGAAAGAACGGAGUUUAUGGAAUCAAGAGAAAGAUACGUCAGUAUUGCACUCGGCGACGAAGAAUAUGAAUAUAUGAGCGGUCAUGUAAUUGAUGGAAGAAAUUUGAUACCCGCAACGAGUUAUUUGGUACUCGUUUGGCAAACAGUUGGCAUGAUGAAAGGUUUACUGUACACAACGAUACCAAUAGUUUUUCGAGAUGUAAAAUUUAUUCGAGCUACUCAUUUGUCGAAAAAUAAUGCUAUAGAAAUACAUAUUGCGAUACAAAAAGAUGGACAGUUUGUAAUAACCGAAGGAGAUAGUAUUAUUGUCACAGGUACGGUGUACGAGACAUUGAAUCCAGAACAGGAAAUGAUUCCAAUAGAUUUAUUAUCAGAGAAUAAUGAUGAAGAAGAACACAUGACUGCACGAGAUAUCUACAAGGAGUUGAAAUUGCGUGGAUAUCAGUACAGCGGCUGGUUUCGUGGAUUAAAGAGUGCCUCUAUUUCAGGAAGCCAAGGACAUAUUAUUUGGAAAUAUAAUUGGGCAACAUUUAUGGAUAAUAUGUUACAGAUGCUAAUUAUCGGAUAUGAUACUAGGAAUUUGUGUGUUCCUACAAGUAUUCAAAAAUUAGUGAUCAAUCCAGUGCUUCAUGCGAAGCUACAGGAUAACAUGGACAAUGCAGAAAUUACAACAGACAAACUAUUACAAGUACGAAUGUACAAUGAGAUAGACACCAUAAGAGCUGGAGGAGUAGAGAUUCGAGGUCUUCGAGCUACUCAGAUUUCUCGCCGGAAAUUAACCCAUGAUGCUAUUAUCGAGGAACAUACGUUUGUAGCUCAUUAUGAUCGGGCUAAGAUUUCCUUGAACGAAGCAAUUCGGGUAUCGGCUCAACUCGUACUGGAAGAUCAUCAAAUUAUCAAAGUGCAAGUCGUUGAGCUAGUGGAAGAUGUCGAUGAUGUUGAAUUAGAAUAUCUUUCAUCAUCAUUGCUACUCGAGGCAUUUGGUGAUAUGCCACUGAUACAAAUGAAUAUCACUCUAUUAACAUCAUUAAAUCGUUUCACGCCAGAAGACUUACCACAAAAUUUCUCAAUCAAAGAUAUUAAAAAUUCAUCUUCAGGUGACAAAGCUUUAAUUGUUGCUGGAUUCAAUCUUUUGACCAAACAACACGCAUCGUUAGAGCGACUAUUACCAUUUUUAGGAGAGGGUAGUUAUCUGUUGAUUCGUGAGAAAUGCGAUAACAUAACUGAUUAUAAAAAACAUUUGCAGCAAUACGAAUUAAAUGUUAUUCUCGAAAAAUGCACUGAUAAAGAACUAGUUGUGCUUUUGAAGAAAAAAGUUUCGAUAAUAGAAAGGACUGUUGUUUACAUAAGUAAUGAUAAUUUUAAUUGGCUGGAGAAUUUAAAGCCGCUUGUGAGCGAUAAGAACAAACUCAAGAAGAGUAGGAUUGUAAUUGUAGGAGAGGGAGAUUUUGAAUGCGGUUUAUUAGGUUUUAUUAACUGCUUAAGAAAAGAGCCAGGUGGAGAACUUGUUAGGAGCGUACUCAUUCAAGAUGAGGAAGCUCCUAAAUUCUCUCUUCAAAAUCCUUUUUAUGUACACCAAUUAGAAAAAGAUAUGACCAUUAAUGUAUUGCGAGCUAAUAAAACAUGGGGAUCGUACAGACACUUAAAAUUACUACCACUCGAAGCCAAACCGGUGCCUACCGCUCAUGUUUGUCAAACGGUUCGUGGUGACUUAAGUACAUUCUGUUGGAUAGAAAAUAAUCUAUCUCUUGUGUCUCGUCGUGAGAAUUUAGUGCACAUUGUCUACUCAUCUUUGAAUUUUAAGGAUAUAAUGCUCGCCACUGGUAAAUUAUUGAUAUCUCAAGAGACGAUUUUAAAAGGACGGUUAUUUCAGUAUGUUCCUCUUGGAAUGGAAUAUGCGGGAUGGGAUGCUAAUGGGCAACGUGUAAUGGGGAUUCGUGAUACUGAUUGCAUAGCAAACGUCGUUGAGAAAAAUGAAAAUCUUUGUUGGAAUAUACCCGAUACAUGGACAUUUGAAGAGGCAGCAACGGUCCCAUGCGUUUACAGCACAGUUUAUUUAGCUUUAUACGUUUAUGGGAAAAUGAAAAAAGGUGAUAAAAUACUUAUACAUUCUGGUACUGGAGGUAUUGGACAAGCAGCUAUUCAUCUCGCUCUUAAAGACGGAUGUGAGGUGUUUACUACCGUCAGUACAAGUGACAAACGGAACUUAAUUAAGAAAAUAUUUCCGAUCAUUCCGGAUGAACAUAUUGGAAAUUCUCGAGAUACAAGUUUUGAACAAAUGAUUUUACACCAAACGAAAGGUCGCGGCGUCGACAUUGUGCUAAAUUCAUUAGCGGAAGAAAAGUUAAUCGCUUCCGUUCGGUGUUUAGCUCAAAACGGUCGAUUCUUAGAGAUUGGCAAAUUCGACCUUGUUUCUAAUAAUCCCCUAGAUAUAUCUGCGUUUCAAAAAGGUAUUAAUUUUCAUGGAAUUAUAUUGGAGAAUAUAAUCACUGAUAAUCACAAGUAUAAGUCGCUAUUGUACAAAAUGGUAGCUGAUGGUCUUGAAAAUGGAACAAUCAAACCAAUUCAAGCAAAAAUUUUUUCAAAAAGUGAUAUUGAAGAAGCUUUUAGAUAUAUGGCCAGCGGAAAACAUAAAGGAAAGAUAAUUCUAAAUAUCCAUGAGAAGGAUGAGUCUUUAAAUAAGCAUAUUCUCGCGUAUCGUCGCUAUUAUUGUCUCAGAAAUAAGAGUUAUAUUAUACUAGGAGGUCUGGGCGGAUUUGGUUUAGAAUUAAUCGACUGGCUUAUAUUUCGUGGUGCCAGAAAUAUCAUUCUGAUUUCAAGAACUGGAAUAAAAAGCGGUUAUCAACGCAUGAAAAUUCGAUUAUGGAAAUCGUAUGGUGUAAAUGUUCUGAUCAUCAAAAAUAUCGAUGUUGCUGACCUCAAAGAUUGCGAAUAUCUCUUACGGACUGCAGAAAAAGAAGCUCCAGUGGAUGCGAUAUUCAAUCUCGGUGUGGUACUAAAGGAUGGCGUCCUCAGUAAUCAAUCCGCAGAAACAUUUGCGGAGUCCUUUCAAUCGAAGGCUCGUGCAACGCAAAUGCUGGACAAACUUUCUAGGAAAAUCUGUCUUAACCUACGGCAUUUUGUGGUGUUUUCUUCCGUUUCCUGCGGCAGAGGAAACGCUGGACAGACUAAUUAUGGUAUGGCCAACUCUAUCAUGGAGAGAAUUUGCGAGAAGAGAGUGAAGGAAGGAUUACCAGGAUUGGCAAUUCAGUGGGGAGCUGUGGGUGACGUGGGUCUCGUCGCUGAUAUGCAGGAGGACGAUAAGGAACUAAUUAUCGGUGGCACUCUACAGCAAAAGAUAUCCUGCUGUCUCGAUGAGCUUGAUAAGUUUUUACUUCAAAGUCGGCCGAUUGUGAGCAGCAUGGUCGUAGCUGAAAAAAAAUUGGGACAUCAGAAAAGUCUGGUAGAAACAGUGGCUAAUAUUUUAAACAUAAGCGACAUGAAGAUUGUAAGCCCAAAUUCAUCUCUGGCCGAACUUGGAAUGGACUCCAUGAUGGCCGUAGAAAUCAAGCAAACUUUGGAACGAGAAUUUGAUGUAUUUGUCACAGCACAAGAGAUACGAAAUCUUACUUUCGCAAAACUCAUUAAGAUGUCCGUUGCAAGCAUCAGUGACAAUGAUGUGGAUGAUGAAAAGAAAUUCGUCGCAGAUAAUCCAAAUCUUAUAAAAAUGUUAGGUAGUAUUAUAUUAAAAGAUGAAGACUUUGUUUCCCCAACAGAUUUUUCGACUAACAGACAAGGCACUACGACGGAAGUAUUUUUCAUACCGGGUAUUGAUGGAUGUGUUACUGUAUUUAGAACUAUAAUACCAUAUAUUAAAUUUCCAACAUCGCUGUUGCAUUAUAACACACACAACACCGAUUCUACAAACAUAAUAUUGGAAACAACUAAUUAUCUCAUAAACCGCAUACUUUCAAAGCUAACAGAUGGAAAAGAUUUUGUAAUGGUAGGGUACUCCUUCGGAUCUCUUAUCGCAAUUGAAAUAACAAGGAGAUUGGAGGCUAUGAAUUUUAAAGGUCGACUGGUUCUCAUCGAUGGUGCUCCUGAGUUAAUACAAACAAUAUUUAAAUCUGUUUUAUCAGAUUUUGAUGAUGUAAAUUUUCAGAUUAAUAUAUUAAUUAGUAUUAUGGAAAUUUAUUCGGAAGGAAGUUCUCAAAAGAUUUUAAUGAAACUGAUGAAAUGUGACAACUGGGAUGAAAGAUUUAAUAUUUUCGCUAAUCAGUUUUCAAUUAUAUACACAUACCUCUCACUUGCAAAUUUAAAGACGCUGUGUACAACGAUUUACAAACACUUAUGCGCUCUCCGAGAAUACGAUCCUUCUACUUUGCCACCUAUUAAGUCUCCUAUAACAUUGCUAAAAUGUGCAUCCUCCCCGUUCAAUAUACCAACGAUGGAAGAGGAUUAUGGUUUGCACAAGGUAACUCAGGAUGUGGUAAAAGUACACUGCAUUGAAGGUGAUCAUAUGACGAUCUUGAAGAAUGAAAAAGUGGCGACUACAAUUAACGGAUAACUACCAUUUACAGUUUAAUGUUUUAAUUUUUAAAUCAUGUUAGUCAAAAUUUGAUAAACAGGUUACAAU